UGGUCCCCUGGCGGUUUUGUCUAGUUCCCAAUUUGUCCCGAGGACGUUUUUAGGACGUUACCGAAUUUCCUCAGGGCAUCCUGUUUGCUGGGUAGAUGUGUCUUUAGGUGCUUUUACACUGGUUGCAUUUUUCUUCGGUUACAUGGACACAUUUAGGCCACAAUACCUUGCUCAGCAAAUUUCAUUGAUUGCGCAACAUCCAAACAAUUCUUCGGGAGUUUUUCAUGGCAUUUCUGAUAUGCUGUUAUCAUAUCACACACCAACCACUUCAAGAAGGGAACUGUUUGGAAUUAAUCUUGAGAAACCAACAGGACUUGAGAAACCAACAGGUGAAAGGUCAAGGAAUGAACACUAAAUGUAAAACGGGGUUGUUUUUCUCUCUGCAUUGUUGGUAAGUAAGCAUUUCACUGUCUACACCUGUUGUUUAAGAAGCAUGUGAAGAAUAAAAGUAGAUUUUUUUGGGGAGGGGUUGAUGCCUUCAAGUCAUACACACUGUACAGACACACACAUGCAUUCAGAGACACACACACACACACACACCUACACACACCUACACACACACACAGACACACACACACAUACACACACCUCUUAAAGUUGAGAGAUUCCAGGAAGUGAACUCAGAAAAAUACACUAGCUAGUGACAACUGACAGUAGCUGUUCAGAUGUGGAUGGUGUGUGAAGGCAGUCAGAUCUCUCCUCUCUGUAUCUAGAUCUCUCUGCACCACCAUGAUCAACACUUACCAGACCAGCAUGCCUCCGCCACCUAUUCCCCCACGGCUAGGCUCUGUCAUGUCGGCACCAGGACCAGGCCACAGCAAACCUCUCCUCAGGUUUCUCAUUGGCAUGAUAGUGCUUCAAAUGGUUCUUCUACUGGGGGGAUUCGCCUACCUGUACCACACGGACAACAAGUAUCACAAGGACCUUGACAGCAAGUACCUGGAUGAUAUGAUCAUCCUGAAGAGACUUGAAGAGUGUGAGAAAGACAUCCAGUCAGUGCUGGACUGUAAGAAGCUUGUGGAGAAAUACAAAAGCAUCCUGGCAAAGGUCUCACAAGAGGAAGGAAGAGCUGCUAAACUCACUGGGGAUGGGCCCUCGUAUGGAGCCAUGGCACGCAUGAUAGUAAAGCAACCCGUUUCUGGUACGCCCCCAACAAAGUAUCUGGAGUGGAACAUAGGCCACUCAGUGCGGAAGAACGUCCAGUACUACAUGUCCAGCUGGCUGAAGGUGCUGCAGCCUGGAGACUACAACAUCUACUCCCAGGUGGCUUUCUCCAAAUGGCACCCCAAAACCCCUCUGGCCAGCCGGGUGAAGCUGAGGAAGGGGGAGACGGGAGAGGAGAAAGACCUGAUGACAGCCUACUGCAGCCUGGGGGACCAGGAUCAUACAGACGUAUGUACAGCUUUCCAGGGAGGAGUGUUCAGUCUGGAGCCAGACGAUCAGCUUAGUGUGUGGGUGACGGACCCCAGUCUAGUCAACUAUGAGGAGGGGACUACCACCUUUGGAUUGUACAAGCUGUAGGCUGGUCAUCACAAUGGACAUUGCCUACAGUAUGGAGAUGAUGGACUAUGUUACUUUGGAUUGGGCCUGUUUUUGGAGCGAUGAAUGGAAUCCAGGCCAUGUGAGUGGUUGGAGUGGGACAGGACUGAAUACAAAUCUCCUAAAUGGAUCUAAACAUGGACUAGACCAGUGGUUGCCAAACUUUCUAUAGUCCCAUACCGCUUCGAACAUUCAACCUCCAGCUGCGUACCCCCUCUAGCACCAGGGUCAGCGCACUCUCAAAUGUUUGUUUUUUUGCCAUCGUUCUAAGCCUGCCACACACACACUAUACGAUACAUUUAUUAA